AUGGAUCGAUACAGAAAGCUUACUUCUUCCUCUAUGAGCGAGCCAACCAUUGAAAAAAAUCCUAUUUUUUCAAAAAAAAUUUAUAUAAAAAAUGCUUUGAGUUACAGUGAUAACUAGUAACGAUGACCCCCCCUCAAUCUUCAUGUCUAUUGCAACAAAAAUGUAAUUUUUUAAAUAUAAAAUUUUAUAUAAAAAAAAUAAUAAUAAUUUUCAUGUCUCUUGCAACAAAUUAUAUACAUUAAAAUGGCGACACGUGCCAACCUGCCUUCUUGGCGCAGCAGCCCAAACCUUAUGGCUACGAUGAACUGGGAUGGACUCCGAGCCGAGAAUCAGAUGCAGGCUCAAUAAGUGUGUAUCCGGGUAGGUUUUGGCUGCUUUCCCUGUGGUUAGAAAUAGAUGCGCUCAAACGACGUCCUUUGGAUCCGAGGAUCCAUGGGCAUUCCUCUACCAAGAAACUGGGGGUUUCGGCCCAGGCCACAGGGGAACAGUCUUUUUCCUGUAGCUGCAGAAGGAAGGCACUUUGACGCCCGAUAGACUCCAAGGAUCCUUGGAAUCAAGUUACUACUCCUAUCGCCCAUAGCAGGACCGCAGAAAUCCAUAAGCUGCCCACUCAAGACUGAAGCCGCAAAGGCAAGGAGGAGACAGAAAGUACCGGAAAGCACUCGCAAGAGGGAUAGACCCUCUGGGCUGGAGUCGAAAAGCGGUAGAAACUUCCGUACGGGAGGUCUUUGGUGGCUGCGUCACAAAUAUGGCUAGCGCCUGUCUGUAAUAAUCCUAAUCCUAAUCCUCUUGUGGCAAAUUUUCGAUGCGCAUCUUAAAUUUUCCGUAUUUUUUUAGCUAGAUAAGUUUGUGAGCGAUGACAAUAGCCGUCUAAAUCUCGAUGAGAAGGUCAUUGACACGCCUACAGCAGCGCCGUUUUAUGAUUUUUUUGAGAAACUCAUCUAAAGUAAAAUACAUUAAUUUUUUUAUAAAAAUGUUGUGUUGCAGUAGGCAUGAAAAUUUUUGAAAAAUUUUUGUUGCAAUAGACAUGAAGAUUGAAGGGGGGGUCGUCUUUAUAUGUCUUGAUAAUUUCUGCUCGAUUUUAAGCAGCUUGAACUCUAAAACGCAAAUUUUAUUAAUUAAAUUAAUUUUUUGCGAUUCUAAUUUUAUAAGUUUCGAAAAUAAAAAUUUUAUUAUAAAAUUAAUUAUAUAAGCCUGCAAAAAUGUUUUGAUUUCUCAUAAAAGAGUUAGAAACUUAGGCAGAGGUCGUUAUGGAGAAGUUUGGCUUGUCGAAAGAGAAGACGGGGCUCUGGUUGCGAUGAAAAAGGUACCUUUAGAGACAGAGCAGCCCAAUUGCAAAGAAGUAAACGUAUUAGAGCAGCUUGACCACCCAUAUAUCAUCCAGUAUCACGAAAGCUUUAUCGAUGACGGCUAUCUGUGCAUUAUUAUGGACUACGCCGAAGGCGGAGACCUCGCUGCUCGAAUUCGAUCAGUGAAAGACCAAAACAGCAGUUUUAACGAGUCUCAGGUUUGGAAGUGAAUUGGGCAGCUUGCUGAAGCGUUAAAUCACAUUCACAACAACAAAAUUAUCCAUAGGGACUUGAAAAGCCACAAUAUAUUUUUGACUAAGGACGGAGGUGUCCAAGUUGGGGAUUUUGGAAUUUCAAAAAUCCUCAAUUUUAGUGAUGAACUAGCCGUCACUAGUGUAGGAACUCCUUAUUAUUUAGCACCUGAAAUUUGUAAAGGAGAACCUUAUGAUAAUAAAGCUGAUAUUUGGAGUCUGGGGUGUAUUGUAUAUGAACUUUGUACAUUGAGAAGACCGUUUGAAGGGGAAAAUCUGAUUGCGGUUGUAAAUUCAAUAAUAAAUAAUGAGCCAAAUCCAAUUCCAGACAAGUAUAGUCAGAAUUUGAAAAAUUUGGUGUCAUCAAUGCUGAGCAAAGAUAAAGAGCUCAGACCUUCAGCAGCAGCCAUUUGGACAAUGCCGAUAUUUAAUUCUACAGAAGAGCGAAAAGAGCUGACUUCCCCCUCGGUGUGCGAAUAAACCCAUUAGAAAAAACCUUAUUUUUUUGGGUAAAAAACCCACCUUUGUGAGCGAUCAAAAACUUUUUAUGAAAAAACUAUUUUGAUAUAUAAAUAAGCUAAAUAUUAAACAGUUUGCAUUUAAAAUUAAAUUUUAAAAAUUAAUUAAUAUUUGCUUUAAAAUUAAUUUUUAACAAAAAAAAUUUACUUAUGGAGGGGGAGUGAGCGUAAAUACGAGGAAGACUAAAAAAUAUCAAAAAGAAAUUUCUAUUAAUAUUCCAACCCCUACCCAUAUUCCCCACAAAUCAAAUCCAGUCCACCCUACAUCAGCUCCUUCAAGUCAUAAGCCAGAAACCCCUAUGGACUCAGCAAAUGUCCAAACAGCUACUCAUUUGCAGCAGGGCAAAAAAUCUCCUCCAUCUAAAAACGAUGGUUCUGCUACAUCAAGAUCUUCUCAAAAAUGCUUUACAUUUUCAGAAAGCAUCUUAAAACAGUGCCCAAACUCUCCAAUUAGACCAAUGCUAAUGGGAGACUUCCUAAGAAGUAAAUUGGGCGAUGACAUUUUUGUAAGAGUCAGAAGAGUUCUGAUGAAUACUAACUUCCCCCUCUCUGUGAGCGAACAAAAUCUUUGGAAAAAUCUCUAUUUUUUGCCCAAAAACCAAACCCUCCACAAGCUAACAACAAUUUUUGUAAUAUAAAAAUUUUAUUUUUAAAAACAAUUUAACAUAUAAAUGAUCAUUAUUAUAAUGAAAUCUUAAGCUAAUUCUGUCUAAUUUUAAAAGCUUCCAAUUUAAAACAUAAAUUUUACUUACGAACAGGAAUUUUUUUAAAUUUUGAAAAACAAAUUACUAUUUAAUAAAUAAAUUAACCCUCUCCUUUGAGCGAACAAAAUCUUUUGUUCGCUUACGGAGGGGAGUAAGGACCCAGCAAAGCUUAUAAGUGAAGAGCCCUGAAUUAUUUCUGAUAUAUGUGGAGAAGAAAACUUGAGCAUUAUUGAUGUGGGCAUUGCUUUUGAUGCUUUUAAUUUGGAAAAUCAGGUUCCUUAUCCACCUACAAGCACAAGCAAAAGAACAAAUUCAAGAACUUUUGCGAAAUUGACUAGAAAAGCUAGCCAAUAG